UUCCAACAUCAGUUGUCACUGGCAAUCGAAGCCCUAAGGUUAUCAUUGCUCAAACUGCGUACUGUCUUUUCAGAUUUAGCACAUCGCCGACCAUGGAAAAUAACUUCUACUGGCGCUACAAGGUGGCGGUGGUCACUGGAGCCUCCGUGGGGAUUGGAGCUACCACAGCUGUGGAGUUGGCCAAUGCCGGAAUGGUAGUCGUGGGCCUAGCGCGUCGAGUGGAACUCAUUGAGGCACUCAGGGCGCAAGUGACCGGCGAGGGAAAGAUUUUUGCCCGGCAAUGUGACCUCAAUGAUGAAGAGCAGUUGACCAGCGCUUUUAGCUGGAUUCGUGAGAAAUUCCAGGCCAUUCAUGUGCUCGUCUGCAACGCUGGCAUCCUGAAGGCCAACUUCCUGAGCGAGUCCCCCACCAAGGACAUCAAGGAACUGUUCGACACGAAUGUGGUGGCCACCGCCAGCUGCCUGCGGGAGGCACUGAAGCACAUGGCUGCGGUCAAGGUUCGCGGCCACAUUGUGGUCAUGAACAGCGUGCUUGGCCAUCGGAUUCCGGAAGUGCCGGUGCCCUUAUUCAGCGUUUAUCCGGCCACGAAGCAUGCAAUUACGGCCCUCUGCCAAACGGUGCGCCAGGAAAUACAUUUUCUCAAAUUAAAUAUUAAAUUAACGAGCAUCUGCCCGGGCAUGGUGGACACGGAUUUCCUUAGUGUUUACUCGCAGGCGGUGGCCGAGCUGCCCAAACUGCAGGCAAGUGAUGUGGCCAAGGCGGUCUUGUAUGCGCUGAACACUCCCGAUGGCGUCCAGGUGGAGGACAUCAUCCUGCAGCAGAUGCGGAAGGUCGAUUGAACUUCAGCUCAACUACAAUGUAAUGUUACUACAUUUGUAUAUGUUCUGAAAUUAGAGAACCAAAGUGCACAUUUUCAUAUAUGCCUAUAUACAAAAUUACAUUUCAAGCAACUGAUAAUUAGAUUUGUACUUUGUUUUUUACUUAUAAAGUAAGAUCGCUAAGAUGUUAUUGAAUUUUUACCGUAUAUACUUAAAUAUUAAAAAAAGAUUAUACCAUUGCAAUACAUUGAUAAUUGCACUUUUAAAA